AUGGGUUUGACAAAAGUUAUCGCAGCAACCAACAAUAUCUUCGUCGAAAAUAUCAAACCCGAUUGUAUACGCCACGUUAUAAAUGUGACCAUAGAUACCGCCAAGGAAUUUCAUGACUGCAGCCAUGUGUACAUCCGGUAUCUGAUCGAUGCAACACCAGAUUGGGUAUUAGCUGAACCUAAAAGCCUCCACGGUGUCACCCAUCAAUCUAAAGCUAGAAAUGAUUCUAGCAACCACUUUGGACACCGCUUCACGCUAGAUGUGUCAAAAUCUUGGCAUCACUCGUCGUCGGAAACUGCUGAGCUCGUUCCAACUCCUUUACUGCUUCUCCUCUUGGAAGUUUACGAUGUCAACAUGUGGAAUAGACAGAAAUCCGUGGGCUACGGUUUCACACACAUCCCGUUAACUCCAGGCUGCUACUCAAUUGACGUGCCGACUUGGCGCCCUCACGUCACAGAUACCAGCCUUCAACUUCACGACUUUUUUCUGGGCUUGGCUCCACAGAUUGAAAACAUCAAGUACGCCGGAUUUCCUGAUGAUGGUAAUAAUGAUACGACGGUUUUGGGUCGUUUUCCGUUCAGCACGGAGGCGUCGGGCUCCGUUAAAGUACGGUUUGAUACCAUGAUCCAAAGGGGUCGGAAUGUGCUGGAACAGGAGCAGAUUCAGACAUCCAUCAACCUACACAGACCGUCGGCAACGAGCAACGCCGUGGAGGAAGUGAUCCAAACUUACCACAGAGCCAAGCAGAGAUUAAAAGCUGCCCACGACGCACUUUUGAGAUAACACUUGAGAUAUUAGCAUAGUAUGAAGAUAUAUCAGGAUGGACACGAGCCAAGAAAAGAUUUAUUGUAUCCCAAGAUUCGCAAAAGCUGAAAUUGUAGUUUUUAGAUAUACCUCUUCGCGCCGAGGAAAAAUACACAGCUAAAGUAUU